CUUGGCGAUUUUAAUUCCUAACCUCAACAUGAAAGGUAUCCAUGUAGCUCGUACGCUUUCUAUACUCUCAGCGCUCUCCGUUGGUUUUGUCACCAUACACUACAAGUAUGCCCGUUAUCAGACUAAACGAUCUUCCUCGUCGACGCAUUGCGGUCCUGGAAAUACGAUGCCUAGCUUCAAGUACGUAACACAGGCGGCAAAAUUUUGUGAACGGGCUGCUAAACGAACAUCGGUGCUUAUCGGUGUUGCUUCAACCACGGACCACUUCGAGGCUCGAGCAGCGAUCCGGGAUACUUGGGGCGGCACGGCCCUCAAAAUGGACUUCGUUGUCGUCUUCCUGCUAGGAAAGACACUGGACCAGGAAGUACAGCGCAAGGUAUUCGCAGAACAAGGCCUUUACGGCGAUAUCGUUCAGGGAGACUUUCUCGACGCCUACAGGAACCUCACCUGCAAGUCUGUGAUGCUGAUCCGCUGGGCUCGGGAAAGGUGCUCGGGGGUUAAUUUUGUGCUGAAGACCGACGACGACAUGCUGGUCAGCGUAUGGGACCUCGCCGUCGUCGUGAACGGUUUGGAGGGAGUCAAACGCACGAUGUGGGGUUAUCUGUAUCGCGAUCCUCAGCCCAAUCGCAACGUAUCUUCCAAGUGGUAUGUGUCUAGGAAAGAAUACGCGCCAGAUACCUACCCCGCAUUCCUCUCGGGGACCGGAUACCUAAUAUCUGGUGACAGCAUUGCCUCACUAGAGGAGCUUACCCACGACGAGUGCUUCUUCCCUCUCGAAGACAUCUACCUAACCGCCAUUGUUGCGGAGAGAGCUCAAGUGAGUCGUUUAGGUUUCGAUGGCUUCUCCAAUGAACACAAGCGGUUCCAUCAGCCGUGCUCGACCCCCAGGGUGAUAACGUCUCAUGAUUGGAGCGCAACGGCGUUGCGAGCCGGAUGGAGUCGCGCUGUCUCCCGGUUGGACUUCGCGCUGUGCGCGGGAAUAAAGAAAAGCCAGAUGGUGUCGUAG